AUGGUGAGGUGCUGGAAGCAUUCAGAGGAAGCUCGGUACACGGAGAAGGCUCACGAAGGGCCCCAAUUCCCUCAAAAAAUCUUCUGGGUCGUUCUCUCAGCCCUUCUGUUCCUGGUCACCUUUGCCCUUGGAUUGAUGGGGCACCAUUGGUUGUAUGGGCCCAAGUCUCAGUCUCUGCAGAUUGUGAGAAUCACUGCACCAGAUGAGGCCGGUAUUCUGUUCAACCAGUCAGCUAUCAUGGACCAGCAGAAUGGCCUUGUAACGUUUUUCAUCACCUCACCGGCAAAUGAGUCAACCGCGGUGCUCUACGAUGUAAAACAUGGUUUGAUUUGCUACAAACCUGUCGAUCGGAACAUCUGCUUACUCCGAACGAUGGACCAGUCAGACUAUGACAAUGUGAACGCCCUCCUCUACGAACCAACACACGAGAGUUGGUUUCAGCUUUCUGGGAAUGACACGCAGAGGCGGACGGAGUUCCUGGGAGUUCUGGCGGUCAGUCAGGUGAACGUGUCCUCACUGGAGGAGCCUGUUCAGGGUCUGUGUCAGGACAGGCCUGUCCACUGGGCCCAGAGGGCCGACGGCCCAGGCAAACAGCGGCUGGUCUACUUCUGCAUCGACAUCUGUUUCCCCAGCAACAUCUGUGUGUCUGUGUGCUUCUACUACCUGCCCGAGUGA